UAAAUAUUCAUUGUAAACAUUUAUUUGAUUGUUCUGAAAAAAAAAAAACAAGAAAAAAUGUAUAUUAUUUUUUUUAAUUUUGUUUGUUUUUUUAUCUUUCUUCUUUUCUUUCUUUAUUUUAUAAAAAAUGAGUGUUCAUAACUCUUCUUCUUUCUCGCCUUCACCUUCAACUUCUGCUUCCUUAAGAAGAACAAUGGCAUCUACUAACAAUAAUAACAACCAGGAUAAUAAUAAUUCAUCUCCGACAAAUAGCGUUAUAUUAAAAAUGGGAAUUAUUGGUGAUGCGCAAAUUGGUAAAACGAGUUUGAUGAUAAAAUAUGCUGAAGGAGCCUAUGAUACAGAAUAUACACAAACUUUAGGCGUUAAUUUUAUGGAGAAAACGAUUUUGAUUAGACAAACAGAAAUAACAUUUAGUAUAUGGGAUUUAGGAGGUCAAAAAGAAUUUGCGAGUAUGCUACCAUUAGUUUGUAGUGAUGCAGUAGCUAUACUCUUUACAUUUGAUUUAUCAAGAAAGUCAACAUUAAAUGGUUUAAGAGAAUGGUAUAGACAAGCGAGAGGAUUGAAUAAGAGUGCUAUUCCAUUAUUAGUAGGCACAAAAUAUGACGAAUUUAUAAAUUUAUCAUUUGAAGAUCAAGAUGAAAUUACAAGACAAGCAAGAAGAUAUGCUAAAGUGAUGAAAGCGCCACUUAUUUUUUGUUCAACAGCAGAAUCAAUUAAUGUUCAAAAGAUUUAUAAGCUUGUAUUAGCUAAAGUAUUUGAUUUAACUUGCACUCUUCCAGAAAUAUCCGAGAUUGGCGGUCCCAUUUUAGAAUAUAAACAUUGCUAAAUAUAUAUAAAUAUCAAUAUAAACAUAUAAUGUGUAUGCCUUUUUUAUUCUAUACUAUUAUAUAAUACACAAAUCAAUAUAGCAUUUAAAAAAAAAAGAAGUCUAAAAAUAACACUUAUCCAAUGUAUGGUAGACUUGAUUCGAUUGGUUAUCAUUCUAAAGAAGAAGAAAAAAAAAGGGGAAAAUCUUUUGUAUUAAUAGAUUUAGAUUCAAAAAUAGAUUACAUUUUAUUUCAAGGCACAAAUAAAAUGUGU